CGCUCUGCUUUGCCGUGUCGCGUUCGCUGCUGCUGACUUGCCUGGUGCCCGUGGUGCUGCUGGCCCUGCGCUACUACUACAGCCGGAAGGUGAUCCUGGCCUACCUGGACUGCGCGCUGCACACGGACAUGGCCGACAUCGAGCAGUACUACAUGAAGCCGCCUGGCUCCUGCUUCUGGGUGGCUGUGCUGGACGGCAACGUGGUGGGCAUCGUGGGCGCGCGUGCCCACGAGGAGGACAACACGGUGGAGCUGCUGCGCAUGUCUGUGGACUCCCGCUUCCGCGGCAAGGGCAUCGCCAAGGCGCUGGGCCGGAAGGUGCUGGAGUUUGCGGUAGUGCACAACUACUCUGCGGUUGUACUGGGCACCACGGCCGUCAAGGUGGCCGCCCACAAGCUCUACGAGUCCCUGGGCUUCAGACACAUGGGCGCGAGCGACCACUACGUGCUGCCUGGCAUGACCCUCUCGCUGGCCGAGCGCCUCUUCUUCCAGGUCCGCUACCACCGCUACCGCCUGCAGCUGCGUGAGGAGUGAGGGUCGCUGCCCGCCUGCCGCCCCAUCUGCCCCCUUCCACUUGCGCCCACCCGUCCGCCUGCCCGCCGCCCGGCGCGGCCCUGCUUCCAGACGCUCACCUUGGCGUUUGUGUCGGGUUUUCUCCUUCAACAUCGUGCGGUUAUCUGGCUGUUCCUGGGGGGGUGGGGCUGUUGCUCACCUGCGACGUGGUGGGGUGGGGUCCGCAGCUACGGCGCCCACCCCCCGUCCUCCCAGCCUUGGGAAGCGGAGCUGUGGACCCCCAGACUGCCCACCCAGCCACUACCUGCCUCUGUCUGGAAGGCCUCACCUCGCCCAUUAAGCACAGAAGCUCUGCCCAAAUCCUCCGGGGAGCAGGCCCCGGCCCCCCGGCCAGGCAGUGGCUCGGCCGUCGUCCCUGAAGUGUGGCCCAGGCCGGCCGGCUGCUGUCCCGAGGGAGACCGAGCUGGCCACAGGCUCCGUGCUGCUCUGUGCAUGUUGAGGACAUGGCCUGGCUGCCGCAUGCCGCAUGCCACAGUCCCCACCCUGCUGCCCUGUGGACGGGACCCAGGCUUGUGGGCACUGCCCGGCCUGUGUGCCCUUCAGGGGCCUGGCCUGGGCCCGCCCACCUGCUCCACCCACUCCCGCUUUGCUUUGAUACCACAUCGCCUCUGUCCUCUGGUGCCUGCGUCCUGUGCCUGGGCUUGGCUGACUUGGUGCGGCACCCAGGUGUGGUUCCUGUAGCGACCUACCUUAUAUAUCGUGGCGGGGGGCCCCCGACACCUGUUCCGCAGCUGCUGCUAGAUCAGGUGUCCUCUCCCAGCUGCCUGUGGCCCCUGUCCCGCUGUCCACCGGGGUCCACCCUGUGACUCUCACUAGCCCAGGCUGCUGCCGGCGAUGCCCAGACACAGCUUCUCCCAGCCUGAAACGACCCGUUUUCUAAUAAGUUACUUAGACAGAAUAGCACUCUGCAUGACUUUAAUUCUUGGGACAGAAUGGUAGUUCGUACCUUCAGACACACACAUGCGUGUGGUGCUAGUGUAAGCACUGUUUCUGGCCCCGUUGGUGGGGGUGGGUGGCCGGUGGGUGGAGGGCUUCACAGUGAGAUCUGGAGGGAGACCCUGACCUAGUGUAAUCCCCACCCUCCAGAGAACAUUCCUGGAUGGUAAGGAAGCUCCGGGCUGCCCCUUCCAGCCCUGGUCUGCAGGACUGAGGGGACAGGGUGAGUCCCACAGCCCUGAGGGGAGCUGGGCACUGCCAAGGUAGGGGAGCAGGACCUGCUGUCCCUUGUGGCCAGCUUGACUGACGGUGGCUGGGCAGGGAGAGGAGAGCAGGACUGCAGUGACCAUUGGCCAGUGGAGCCUGUGCCUGGCCCUAUAUGAGUGGGCCACCCAGAGCCCUUAGUGUGGGGCUUGAGGGGUUGGGGGAGUGGCAGGCAGGGUGGCCACAGAACUGGUCCCUUAGCAAGGCUCUUGAGGAGCAAACGGAUUGGCAGCCCAGCCCAGCGCUCCAGGGGCCUUUCUGUCCUGUUAGCAGUUGAGGCACUUGCAGAGCACUGUACAGACCCCGCUGUCCCCUGUACAUUCCUCCCUGGUGGUGCCCGGUCCCCUCGGGGGUGGGAGUUUUGUAGACUGUACAGAAAUUGGCACCCUAUUUUCUUGCAGCUCUCAGAUUUUGUUAAUCUGGAUUAUACAGACAGACGUAAAGUGUUUUAGCAAAAUGGAAAACAAACAGUCGUGCCUUCUUUUUCUGUUUGGUUUGGUGUUGGCUUGGGCUGGUGGCAGUGUCUGGUUGGUGGGCAGCUCUGGCCAGCGAGGCUUCUCUCCCUGUGCCUUCGGAGCCUGCAGUUGCUGGGCUUGGGGGUAUGGAGUGGAGGCAGAGCCCAGGUGCCCUUAAGUUGACCUAGGGCUGGCUCAUGGCAGACCGCACUGCUGGGGCUCAGAGGGACUGGGUGGGGCUCAGAGGUGGCCCUCUGGCCACUGCCACCUCUCUGCCCAGGGACUCUCCCAGCUACAUGGCCCCAUGGGUCCAUGGAGGGAUGCUUGCUGGCCCUCGACUGUCCUUUGCCACCCUUCCGUUGCUGCUGGGAUUGAGCCAAGAUGCCAGGAGCAGGCUGGCAGGGUGUGCUUCAGCCCUCAUAGGCUGGUGGGCAGACCUCCUGCUCCUGGAGUUGCAGGCUGGGUCUGCUGGUGCCCCUGCUCAUCCCAGCCCUCCACAGCCCUCAGCUUGAGCGAUAAUUGCUCCGCAGUUGUGCACUGACGUGAAUUUUAUACAUUUGUGGAAACUGCUGUGUCUUCUACCUCUGUGGAGGCCCUCUGGGCUCACUGCCCAGUGUCCAGUGCGGUUCCUCUGAGUUUGCCAGCCCACUGCUGCCUCCCCGGGUCUCUGCCCCCUUGGUGGCCUGGCAAGGUCCAGGGAGGUCAGUCUGGGGCCCCAGGAUUGCUGUUGUUUGUUUGCAGGCCUCCUGUUGUGGAGCAGGGAGGGUGCACACUGGGGCGGUUUCCAGGUCACCUUGCUGAGCUUGUGCUGCAGGCUGGGGAGCAGCUGCUGGGUGUCCCCUGGCAGCGCCCCGCUGGGCCUGCAUCUUUGCAGAUGGCCAGCCCCUGUGGCGGGUGGCCAGGAAGUUGGCAUACCUGUGCUGAGGCCCUGUGUGGUUGGCCCCUCAGUGCAGGAAGGUUGAGCCCUUGUGGCCAUGGCAGCCUCUCUCCAAUCCUGCACCUACUUCCAUGCCCAGAGGCUGAGAUGUCUGCAGAUGGUGAGGCUGAGGGAGUGGACAGCUGGCCCCAAAGUAGCAGACAGCAGCCUGGAGAGCACAGGGCCGUGGCAGCCCAUUCUCAGAUGACAGGCAUCCCCAAGCCCUAGAGGGGAGGAGCUUCCAGGCCACUGACAGGACCUGAGACGCUCUGAGCCAUGGGCCUGGCUUUGAGAACCUCACCACCUAUGCCACCUGUACUGCCUUCCCCUGCCCGUGUGGGGUGGCCGAGCCCACGCCCUCCCUGGAGCUGGCUUCCGGGGCUGUGCACGUGGCCAGAUCUGUUUCUGGACUUUGCUGUUGUGUGGGCUUCUUGGGUAAUUGGUGGCUUCCAGGGCUGGGGGAUGUGUGGGCACCCCAGGGCCACCUUCCUGUCUGUGCCCAAGGGGCAGCCAGAAAGCGUGAACCCCAGAGCCCAGGGGCUGCUGCUUGCCCAUCUUGGUGAGUGUGGCCGGGCCAUUUGCUGUCUGCACACUCCGAAGGAUGUGCCAGGCCUGGUUUGGGGCUCCUCCCGGCUGCUGGGGUUGAGUCCAGGGUGGGGUGUGGGGCUGGCCCUGGAAUAAACUGCCGCAUGGCACGACAUCCAUGGAGCACGGCAGCACAGCCUGCCAGAGCUGCCCGGGCGCGGGGGGAGGCUGAGCCCUGACUUAGCACCGUUGGAUGUAUUUUUUUAAACAGCAAUAAUUAGCCAUUUUAAGGAAGGGGUGUACCAACAUGCAUGUGUGUGCGUGCGUGUGUGUGUGUGUGUGUGUGUGUGUGCCUGUGUAGUGCACCUGUGUCUGAGCAUCUGUGGAUAUGUGUGUGUGUAUAUAUGAGCGUCUACACAUGUGUACGCAUGUGUGUAGACAGCUGCAUGUGUGUGCAUGUGUGUAUGAGUGUGCACAUAUAUACAUGUGUAAGUAUGUGUGUGUACAAGCACUACACGCGUGAGCCUGUGGGUGAGCAUGUCUGUGUGUGUGGCUGUGAACAUGGGUUUGUCCACGAGUGUGUGUGCACAGGCUGUGAGGGGCGGGCGAGGGAGCGCUUCCUGCUCAGGAGGCGCUCUGUGGUGGGAAGCAGGCUCCUGGGCUCCCCGGGCGGGGCGGCUCCACGUGAGCGUUCCCCAGCCCCUCCUGUUGGGUGGUGAGCCUCGUCCACCUCCCUCUGGGCCGUGGCAAGGUGGGGACAGGAGCCCCAUGGACAGGAGCCCCAUGGACGGACGCUGGCCGGCUUUGGUGGAGGGUGCGUGGUGCUGGGGGUCUCCCUGCGGUCGCGUGUCCCUGAGCUGUGCUGUGAGCCCAGGGCAGGGCGGGUGUCCUGCGGCCCGGGAUGUGCCAAAGCAGCCCUGAGGGCCGGUGUCAGGCUGAGUCCCGAGGAGACAGGCUGGGCCCAGUGGGUGUGUGCCGGCCUGCGUGGCCCCCAAUGCUGCUGUUUUUCAAUAAAAUCAGAGUUGAAGGAA